AUGAGUAAUUCAGAUUUCGGUAUUAUUGCUUUGGAGAUCUAUUUUCCAAAAUUUUAUGUCUCUCAACAUGAUCUCGAAGUAGAGGACAAAUGUGUGGGAAAGUAUACUCAAGGAUUAGGACAAACAUCUCUUGGAUUUUGUUCAAUACAGGAAGAUAUAAAUUCAAUGUGUCUAACUGUUGUGAGCAACCUUAUCAGGCGUACAAAUCUUGACCUGAAAACAAUUGGUUUUCUCGAGGUUGGAACAGAAACGAUUAUAGAUAAAUCAAAGUCUACAAAAACCGUACUAAUGCAAUUAUUCGAAACAGCUGGUAAUUUUGACGUUGAAGGAACGGAUACAAAGAACGCGUGUUUCGGUGGUACCUCUGCUUUGUUCGGUGCGCUUAACUGGCUUGAAUCUAGUUACUGCAAUGGCCGUAUGGCGUUGGUUGUUGCAGCUGAUAUAGCAGUUUAUGGGGAUAAAUCAGCUCGUCCUACCGGUGGUGCGGGGGCUGUAGCAAUUUUACUCGGACCGAAUGCUCCUUUGGUGAUUGACUUUGGUCUACGAGCUGUUUAUAUGAAACAUUGUUAUGAUUUCUACAAGCCAAAUUUAAGCUCUGAAUAUCCUAUCGUUGAUGGUCACUUUAGUAUGCAGUGUUAUCGAGAGGCAUUAGAAAUGUGUUAUAAAUUAUAUCGACACAAAUCAGCUUCUAAAGGUCUCAAUAGUAUAAUAACAACACCUUGGCGAGAUACUUUACCGAAGGUAAACAAUGCAAUAGACUAUAUGUGUUUGCAUGCACCAUUUACUCGUCUUGUACAAAAAGCGAUCGGUUGGUUAGCAAUGAUUGAUAUGCGUACAGAAGGCAUUAUUGCAGAUACAUCAAACGAUUCUGAUGUAUUCUUAUCAUCUUCAAAAGCUGGUCAAUUAUGUCAUAAUAAUCAUCAAAUGACGUCGAAAUCAGAGUAUUUUGAUCAGAUAGACCCAUCUAUUUUUAAUGCUUUAAAAGAUUACCGUUUACUUGAUAAUAAACAUAUUCCAGAUCGCCAGUUGGAUACAAUUUGUUUGAAAGCUACUGAAUCGUUGUACAGGCGUAAAGUAGAUCCUGGACUAAUGUUCGCUAAAAAUAUUGGAAACAUGUAUACUGCUUCUCUAUAUGCAUGUCUUGUUAGUCUUCUUCUUAAUACUUCAAAAGCUGAACUAUUAGGACGUCGUAUACUAAUGUAUUCUUAUGGUUCUGGAAUGGCAUCAGCUAUGUACAGUAUUCUUAUCCAUCCAGAUCGUGAUUUAUCCACGAUUUUGAAUUGUUCACUAGAAUCGUCCAAUGGUUUGUCUCAUAUUCACAAACGUCUAUUUGAUGAGCGAACUCAAGUGACUGUUUCGCAAUUUGAACUAAUGCUUAAAGAACGAGAACUUUCACAUAAUUCAGCUCCAUUUGAACCAACAUUUCGACCUGAAGGACUGUUUCCUGGUUCAUAUUAUUUGAAGAAUGUAGAUGAUCGUUAUCGUAGAUUUUAUGAGAAAUUAUCAGAAGAUUAA